AUGGCUCCAAUCACAUCUUCUCCAAGGCUAUCACGCUUAUCCGUCCUAUGCCUCUUCAUUUUCUUCAUCACAGCCACACAAGCAUCCGCUCUCUUCGUACGCCAAGCAGAGACAUGUGGAGGCAACGCAGAGCUCCAACAAUGCGGAGGUGACUUUCCGUCUUCCUUUUGCUGCCCCAAGUCUUCUACUUGCAUGAAUCUUAACAGUGGCUCUGUCAAGUCUGUCAUUUGCUGUCCAGCUGGCUCGGACUGCUCUUACAUCCAACCCACCACCUGCGAUGUCACCCAGCUCAAUGCUACCCUGCAUCCAGAAAACCAGAUGCACCUCUCCGAGACUGAUGACUGCCCAGCCUCUGCCCCAGUCGAAACAGGAUCCUCGUUCGACGGGCGUUCAUUUGCUGCAGGCUUCUUCCCUGGCCUCGUCAUCGGUGCCCUGAGCACGCUCGCUCUCCUCUGGGUCAUCAAGAAGCGCCGUGAAUCGCAAUCCAAAGAGCGAUACUCUGGUGACUUUGGGCAUGUAGCACGUCAAAUCAGCGACCCCAUCUACGACCCCCAGCUUGCUGCACGUACAGAUUUCAUGCGGAGGGGAAGUCGCUCAGCGGCCUCUUCUCCAAACUCAGCCGAUAGGAUCGCGCAGGGCAUGAAGGAAUCCAACAACACUGUCGUUCAUGGCUUCACUCCCAGGAUCAAAAGCAUGUGGGAGCGUACCCCCAAGCUAAACUUUGGCUUCGGUUUACCUGCAAACCCGGCACCUCCUGCUGUUCGGGCGGGAAAUCCUUAUAACGAUCCUUACCAAACACCCCCGCCAAAACCUAAACGCAUUCAUUCGGCGCGUCGCACGAGUUCGAGGCGUACCAGCGCUAUACCGCCUCACGUUCAACCCCAACAUCAACAGGGCCGUUCAGGUGCUUUGCGAGUCGACAGUUCCGAAACUAUCGAUGUGCUGAUGCCAACGACGGGAAGUGGAUACCCCAUGAAUCACAACAACGACUCGGGCUUUUUGCAACCCCCGCAGGCACCUGGCAUGCGAGGCGCAAACCGCUAUACAACGGAUUCUGCCCACACGACUUUUACCAAGUUGAUGGAGCGGGCGGGGUUUGACGAGGAACCAAUGCAGGCAGUCAGAGACUGGAAGACUCCUCGAGUUUAG